AUGGCGACCUUUCAAAUUUCAGACGAUUCCUUGAACCUCCAAGACAAAGUUGUCUUGAUUACAGGCGGCGCCUCUGGAAUCGGCAAGGCCACCGUGGACCUGUGUCUCCAGCACGGCGCCACUGUCAUUGCCAGCGACAUCAACCCUCCACAAGAGAUCAAAGAAACCGACAAAUUCAAGUUCGUGACUGUCGACGUGACCUCAUGGGAAAGUCUGCGCGACGCCUUCGUCCAAGCCGAGAAAUGGUUCGGUCGAAUCGACCACGUAUUUGCCAACGCCGGCGUGGCAACCACGACCAAUUUCCUAGAAGCCAAGCUGGACGAGCACGGCGAACUGCUCCCACCUAGCAUGCGCACCAUCAACGUCAACCUCGUCGGCGUUCUCAACACUGUCUAUCUGGCGGCGCACUAUAUUCAGAAACACUCCGAUCACCGUGCCGCCGGCGAGCUGGGCAGUAUAGUUGUCACUGCGUCGACCUCGUCUUUCCAGAAUUUCAGUGCGGGCGACUACACGAUUACCAAACACGGUGUUCUGGGCAUCAUCCACGGACUCGAGCAUCAGAUUGAGGGGAAGGUGCGGCUGAACGCCGUAGCCCCGUCUUGGACUGCCACUGGGAUGAUCCCGUCGGCGUUUAUUGAGUCUCUUGGGGUGGGGGUUCAAGCGCCGGAGGUUGUGGCUAAGAGCGUGGCUCUGUUGUUUGCUGACCAGCAGCGUCACGCCGAGGUGAUUUACAGCUGGGAUGGGAAAUAUCAGGAGGUCAAUAAGGCCAAGGGGGGUUUGUUGGAUGCUUCGGAUGCUCUGUUGGAGAAUGCGUCCAAUGAGGAAACGGUUAUGAGACAACUGAGGGAUUUAAUUAAGCAGAAGCAGGGUUUGGACUGA